AUGAUCAGAUUCAUACUGGUGCAGAACCGUCAAGGCAAAACUCGUCUUUCGAAAUGGUACGUUCCCUACGAUGACGACGAGAAGGUCCGACUUAGAGGAGAGGUUCACAGACUGGUUGCUCCGCGUGACCAGAAAUACCAAUCCAACUUCGUAGAGUUUCGGAAUCACAAGAUAGUGUAUCGACGUUACGCUGGUCUCUUCUUUUGUGUAUGCGUGGACGCCAACGACAACGAACUCGCAUAUUUGGAAGCCAUCCAUUUGUUUGUCGAGAUCCUUGACUCCUUCUUUGACAAUGUAUGUGAGUUGGACCUCGUGUUCAACUUUUACAAAGUGUAUGCUAUUUUGGAUGAAGUGUUCUUGGCGGGUGAGAUCGAAGAAACAAGUAAAGACGUCGUUUUGGCAAGACUCGAGCAGCUGGAGAAACUGGAAUGA